AUGGCUCCACAACCCAUUCCAUUCCCGGGCUUCACCCCGAUAUCCGAUCGGGUAUACCUUCGCAAUGGCCACGAGAAGGCCAAGCCUGCUCCAGCCGACGAGCCAACAACUAUCCUCAUCUCCGGCUGGGGCGACGGCAUGCCGAAACACGUUACCAAAUAUUCCGACGGCUACCAUGAGCUUUACCCAUCCGCGCGGAUCAUCGUUAUCCUAUCAACCACCUUCCAGGCCACCAAUCAGCUCGAGGAAGCCAGAAUCGAAGCUAUGAAGCCGGUCGUCGAUACCAUCUUCCCGACGCCAACCGGCAGCGGAAACGAACAGGAGCGUCUGCUUGUACAUGCCAUGUCGAAUACCGGUGCCAUCUUCGCUGCCGCUACCGUUAUGGCAUACCAGCAACGCCAUGGAGCAGACAAGCCAUUCCCCCACCAGCUCAUGGUGCUGGACUCGACACCUGGAAGUCUGGACUUCAAGUCUCAGGUUGGCCGCUGGUCGCGUGCUAUGGCGGUCGGCACGGCUAAGUUCUUCCCUUGGCCUUUCGUUGCAACCCAUGGUAUGUGGUAUGCUUUCCUCUGGGCGUUCCACCUCUGGGGACUGGUGCGCGGCUUGGUGCCUUCGGGUGUGUGGGCGGAUAAGAUCAUAAAUGAUAAGGCCCGCGUCACGACCGAUUCUAGUAGAGUGUACCUUUACUCUAAGGAAGAUGAGAUCAUUGGUUACAAGGAUUUGGAGGAGAAUGUUGCUCAUGCCAAGACGCUGGGUUAUUCAGUUGAUCUUGAGAUGUUUGAAGGUUCGCCGCAUGUGGGCCAUAUGAGACUCCAUCCUGAGCAAUAUUGGAAUAAGGUUUCCAGCUCUUGGAAGCAGGCUAUCGCGGAGAAAUAA